AUGAAUAAAGAAGAACGUAUUAAUAAUGAAUUAUGGGAUCAACUGGAACAACAGAUUCAAUUAGAAAUUAUAAAGUUAAAAACAAAGGAAGAUAAUCGUUUUAGCUUACAUCCUGAAGUUAUUAAAUGUUUAAAUAAAUACAGCAACAAGAAUAAUAACCAUGAUAGGAAUAGUGGCACAACAAAUGAUAAUGAUAAGAAAAGGUCCGUUGAUCACGACACAUCGCUAGAUUCUAACAAACGCAUACGAAAGGGAAUUGAUAUGGACAGAUAUGAUACUGAAAGUCUGGAUGUGUCACUUUUGCAAUCCAUGAAUUCAUAUCUUGAUCAUCAAAUGAUUUUAUUAAAGGAAAACGGUAACCUAAAUAAGACAAUCAUAAAUCAAUGGGCAAUUAAUAAUGAAUUUAUGGAAAAUAAUGUUUAUGUGAUACGGGACGCCAUUAAUAUUCAAGAAACCCAUUUGAAACAAUUAAAUAAAUUAUUAUCUAUGGAUUAA